GCAGACGAGAGAGCAAAGACAACAACGCACACAAGCACACGUCCAUCACACGUGGUCAAGGCCCUACCCCUACCCCACGGCUCCCCGCUUCCGCGGCUCCCCGCUUCCAGACACGACAGCAUGCUGGCUGAGUUCUUGAAGGAGAUACAGCUGUACCAUGUGGUACACCUGUUGACGCUCGUCUGGUUUCCCAUUGCGCGCCUGACGUCCUUGAGGUUCAUCUUCUUCCCAGAUGCCACACCAAACCUCGAUUCGGACGAGAUUCAGGCGCUGAGCCUGCUCGGCGUCUACCUGUUCAUUCGCGCUCGCAGAUCAGGGUCCUUUGAUGCGUUUGUUGGACAGGUCUUCUUUGCCAGCAAGGCCGCGCUGUGCGUCAUCCUGUACCGCCACAACCUAGCCAUGGCCAUCUUCUACCUGGCCAUCUGCACAAUUGUGUCGUUUGUGCUUCCCGCACCGACCGUGGAUGCCGACAGCCGCGUGAUUUCCGUCAACGGCCCUCGGCUCAGCAACAUCCUGCAAGGGCGCGGGCAGGGCGGUAAGGUCCAGUACACCAUGGUCGAGUUCUACACCACGUGGUCGUCGCCAUGUAACUUUGUUGCCCGGGAGUAUGCUGCCAUCGCCAAAAAGUACGGGAGCCCGCACAUGAAGUUUGUAAAGGUGAACGCGAGCACACAUCCGGCGCUAGCACGCAAGUACAACGUGUCCGUUGGCGUGCAGUCGAAGCAGCUGCCGUCGUUUAUCCUGUUUGCAGACGGACAAGAGAUUGCGCGGCGCCCGCGUGUUCUCAGCGGCGGCAACAUCGAGCCCUGCAAGUUCAGCGAGGCGUUUCUUGAGGAAGAGUUCUCGCUGGUUGUUCGUCACACGGGCGAACGCGCUGACGGUGACCGCGCACCCCGUCGCCGUGGUGGCACAGACGUUGGUGAUGAUGCCAAGGAGAGCAAGAAAGAUCAAUGAUGGCACGGAGCGCGUGCACACACACACACACACACACACAUACACACACAUAGACGGUGUGCAUCUGUUGAGCAAAGCCAUCCAGCGUCUUUCGUCUCGUCUCGUCUUCAUAUGUUUGAUUCAAUUACACGACUGCAAAGUGUUGCACGCAUGCGCACAUGGCAUUGGCAAAACAGAA